GAGGCCAUUAAUCGAGAUGCGCCGGUGAAACUGAUUGGUUAAUAGCUGUAAGACUUUAAAAGAUGGCUACGCUUGGUUUUCGUCAGUAGCCUAUCGGUGUUCUGUCUCGCCUGAACAAUAUUGCUGCAAAAUGGGUAAGAACGUUUUGAUUGUUUAUGCUCACCAAAGCACUGGAUCCUUCAAUGCUGCUGCCAAGGAUGCAGCAGUGGAACUACUAACUGCACAGGACUGCAAUGUGGUUGUGUCUGACUUGUAUGCUAUGAAGUUUAAAGCUCCUACUACUCAGGAUGACAUCACUGGUCAGUUGAAGAGUUCUGAGCACUUCCGAUAUGGAGAAGAGACCAUGCUAGCAUGGCAGGAGAAUCGACUUAGUGCUGAUAUUAUUGAAGAGCAUAAGAAAGUGACUGACUCUGAUCUCAUAAUUUUCCAGUUCCCCAUGUACUGGUUUUCUAUGCCAGCCAUCAUGAAGGGAUGGAUUGAUCGUGUUUUCACACAAGGUUUUGCCUUCACAUCUGAGAAGCGGUAUAGUCAAGGCAUUUUCAAGGGCAAGCGAGCCAUGCUGUCUUUCACCACUGGCUCCCAUGAGUCCAUGUUUAGCUCCAACGGCAUCAAUGGAGACAUGAACGUCACACUGUGGCCCAUACAGAAUGGCAUUCUCUACUACUGUGGCUUCAGCGUCCUUGCUCCACAGAUCUUCUGGGCUCCACCACACAUCCCGUCGGAGGCCCGCAGCACCAUGCUGGAGAACUGGCGGCAGCGUCUCCAGGGCCUCAUGACCGAGUCUCCACUAACCUUCGCCCCCUCUGACAGCUUUGACACCGGCAGCGGCUUCCAGCUGAAGACCGAGGUGAAGGAGCAGCAGGCUGAAGCUCAGUUUGGCCUAACCGUGGGCCACCAUCUAGGCAAGCCGAUCCCGCCCAACAAUCAGAUCAGAGCUGGUGUUUGAAGUCUUGUCUUGGCCUGUCGUGAGGCUGUUGCCUCUGUCUUCAAUAAAAAAUGUGUUAUUGGAUUGA